AUGUGGACGACAUUUGCUCUUCUGUUCUUGAUUACGUUGGCAUUGAAACUUCCCUUUGUAUCUGUCAAUGCCAGCCCCAUUACCGACAUCGUGGGGGCAGACAUGUCCAUCAUUGACGCUAGUCAGGUUGUCUCUAUUAGUGAGAUUGACUUCACACAGCUGCCAACUCUCAAGUGCAAGCACACAUCUGACCAGUUGUCCGUCAUGAACAACUGCCGCGGCCUGGCCAACGGUUUCAAAGAGCUUUAUAACAGGGACCACAAGCGCAGAGGCUUGACGAUUCCGACCGAGAAGUGCAUCUCAGUAGAAUAUGGGGCUUGUCUCGGCACACUUUGCAACUUGGACGUGUUGGCGAAUUUCACGGAUGUCCUCGAAGAUCCUUUUGGUUCGAUUAUGGCCAAUCCAUCACAGAGCAGCUGCACCCAGAGUGCCAGUGAAGUCGUCUGGUCCGAUGGGCACACACUGGUACAUCUGCAAGGAUUGGGUACAUCGGCAAUGAUCGUCAACGAUAACGCAGUCUCCCCGGACAUCGAUGUAGUUGAGCUCCACAGCACUAAUUCGGUUUCGGCAGCCAAGGCUGCCCAGGGUACGGAAUUUCCCUACGACACGGCACUGGAUCUCUCUAACUGUCCUGGCUGGGAAUACGGAAGAUAUACUUGCUGCAAGACGUCACGAAUCAUAUGGGACGACUGCAUGGAGGCAAUUGAAUUGAUGGCAAAUACAGGGGCAACAAAGAUGAUGGAUGUUAUGCAGAAUUCGUGCCGUGCCGCGACGUCUGGUGGAUGCACAGCGCAACUUAAUUUUGAUAGCAAAGCAUCGUCGUCUGCCAUGAAUAAAGACGGCUGCUACACUUCGGUGCACAUGCACCAGUCGCGCAAUGCCGAUCUGUUCGAAGAUGUGUGCAAGGACCGCCUGCCCGAUGACGACAUUUUCGUGCCUCCUCAGCACCAGCCGAUCAACCCCGAGGACGAGGACGACGUGGUGCCAGACCAGCAUGCCGCCUUCGGUAUCCAGAGGGCCACGCAGGCUGUGCGCGAGCCGGCCUGGAAGGAUCUCGGUCUGGCUGCGCUGAUGCACCAGGGGCCGGGAGGCAGUAGUGGAGGAGCUGCUGGCGUCGCCGGUGCGAACGGAAGCGAUGGGGGCAACCAGGGCCCCACGGAAAACACGUAUGCAUACUAUGCCUACUACUACGGAUACAGCGGCAAUACGCUCGGGACAGUUGCCAGCGGCAGCGGCAGCGGCGCAGCAGGUAGCAGCAACGUUACCGGAGGUGUCAGUCGCUCACACAGUGGCAGCGGAAGGGCAUUUAAUGGGAUGCCGCGGUGA